UGAAAUAUAGAAGAUCAUGAAAUAUAAUGAUACAAAUAGAGAAAAAAAUCAGCAAAAACAAACAAAAUCAGGGCCGGCAGGGAGGCGAAAACAUUUAUGUUUCAUUCAAAUGGCCGGUGUACCAUUUUAUUUUAUUUCUUCAUAAAUCCAUUUAUGAUGAUUGUGUGAGCAGCGAAAAAGCUCCACAAAAGAAACUGAAAUUAAGGUUGUGGAUGUGAAAGAUGGAAGGAGUUGAGCAUAGAGUUAUUAAGGUGAAUGGCAUAAACAUGCACGUAGCAGAGAAAGGGGAAGGCCCACUCAUUCUUUUCAUCCAUGGCUUCCCCGAGCUAUGGUACUCUUGGCGUCACCAGAUUGCUUCUUUGUCUUCCAAAGGUUACCGAGCUGUGGCACCCGACCUGAGAGGCUACGGUGACACGGAUGCGCCAGAUUUGGUCACCAGUUAUACCUGCUUCCAUAUAGUGGGGGAUUUGGUUCAGCUUUUAAAUAUUAUUGCCCCUAACGAACACAAACUGUUGGUAGUAGGGCAUGACUGGGGAGCAGCCAUAGCUUGGUAUUUGUGUUUGUUUAGGCCAGACAAAGUGAAAGCUGUGUUCAACGUCAGUGUGCCCUUUAUUCCACAUAAUCCACAAAUGAACCCUAUUGAUGGGUGGAGAGCUAUCUAUGGGAAUGAUUAUUACAUGUGUAGAUUCCAGCAACCUGGAGAAAUAGAAGCUGAGUUUGCGGAGAUGGGUACAGAGACAGUAGUGAAGGCAUUUCUGACAUACAGAGUUCCUGGUCCAAUAAUGUUACCCAAAGGGAAACCAUUUGGACAUUCAGCGGAUACCCCAAUUGCUUUGCCUUCUUGGUUAUCAGAGGAAGAGGUUCAUUACUAUGUCUCUAAAUUUGACAACAAAAGCGGCUUCACUGGUGGAAUCAACUAUUACCGAAACCUUCACAGAAAUUGGGAAUUGAUGGCACCAUGGACUGGUUGUGAUGUAAAAGUAGCGGCUAAGUUCGUAGUGAGUGAUUUGGACCUGGUAUACCAUAUGCCUGGCAUGAAAGAAUACAUUCACAAUGGUGGAUUCAAGAAAGACGUGCCAAUGUUGGAGGAAGUAGUGGUAAUGGAAGGAGUUGGGCACUUCAUCCACAUGGAAAAACCCGACGAGAUUAACAGCCUCAUUUAUGACUUCUUCCGUCAGUUUGAUUAACAUUUUGUUUUAAAUAAUCCUCCCCUGCUCCUGGGUAAUAAAAAUAUGGUGUUUCAACUCUGGGUGGGUUCAGCUGUAUUUCAGCCCUUCACCAUCCAUGUUGCCUUGCGUGUCUUCUGGUUUAUUAUGCUGCUCCAGCACUUUGUACUCCAGGUAUUAUUUGAAUAUAAAACUAAAAAAUUUUAAACAAUUAAAUAAA